UCCAUAUCAGGCAGAUAGACCCUUCCAACUCCUGGUGACUUUAUCUCUUUCGGGGUAUUUAACAAGGGGCUGCGUGGAUCAUCGGUAAGAACUUGUAUAAACGUGUCUGCAGCCAAACAAGCACGAAGAUGACGACCAGGACAUAUGAGAAACACACCCACGUCUACAAGACCCACCUCACCACAGAGAUCCAACUCGAUGUGUACCUCCCUCCCGACCAGGACUCAAACACUCCUAAGCCAAUUCUCCUGUGGUUUCACGGUGGCUAUCUCAUAACAGGCAGCCGCAAAGCGAUCCCCGGCUGGCUUCACCACCACGCCCUCUCCCAGAACUGGACCCUCAUCUCCGCCGACUACAGGGUCCUGCCCGAAUCGACCGGCCUCGCGACCAUCGAAGACGUGAUCGUGGCCUACGAAUGGGUGGCCGGCGGCUCUCUCCGCCGCCUGCACCCAAACUGCACCGCCGAUCCCGGCCAGAUCAUUCUGGCAGGCGCCAGCGCCGGAGGCUGGUGCGCUCUGGUGACUGCGCUGCACUUUACGUCUCCUUCAGUCCCAGCAGAGCAGACUGGCCAAACUCCCCUUCCGCCCCCUAAGGCGCUUUGGCUGCUCUACCCGCUGCUAGACCUCGGGAGUCAGAAAUGGGCUCAGAGCGUUUACUUACCCGGUGCGAUGGCGGUUGAUCCUGCUACAGCGGAAAACCUUUUACACAGAGUCUCUGAAAGAAUUGCGCGGAGUGAGAUAAGCGUCGGGGAAGAUUUCCCGUCUUCUGAAGAGGAGAUGCGCACGCGAAAACGGCUUCCCUUGUUGUAUUUGCUUCUGGAGCGCGGGGUGUUUCUGGAUUUUCUGACGGGGCAGACUGGGUUCGGGGAGAGGGUGGUGGGGUUAGGGCUGGAUGGGGCGGUCGCGGAGCCUGGGUAUGGGCAUGCUGUUCACGUGAGGGGGCUUUUCCCGCUGGACUACGGCGUUCUUGGGCCGGGUUUCCCCGCCACUGUUGUUGUGCAUGGGACGGAUGACCGGGAGGUUUCUUGUGGUGAGAGUGAGAGGCUGGUGGCGACUUUACAGGAGGGUGGUGCUGAGGUGCAGUAUUUUCCGGUCAACGGGGCGGAUCAUGUCUUUGAUCUGGAGUUGCGGGAAGGUUCGCUAGAAAGCAAAGAGGGGGGCGAGGCUGGCGCGACCCUUGUGCGGGCUAUGCGCGCACUUCAAAAGUACCUUGAGAAGUAA